AUGCCUCGAGCAAUCUGGCCUCAACUGCCAGGCUCCACCCUCCUAAUCCUCAUCAAUUUCCUCUCAAUGACCGCCCUCUUCUUCGAAGGCUACAACCAAGGCGUAAUGGGCGGCGUCAACACCGUCCCAAAUUACAUCGAAAAGAUGUCCAUCGGCACAAACGGAAUCGUAACACGAGCAACCAAACAAGGUGGUAUCGUGUGUAUCUACUACCUCGGCGCACUGUUUGGGUGUUUCUGGGGAGGGUAUCUGGGGGAUAAGAGGGGGAGGAGGUUUGGUGUUUGGGCGGGGACGUUGUGGUGUGUUGCUGGUGCUGCGCUUCAGGCUUCGGCGCAGAAUUCGAACUGGAUGCUUUGUGCGAGGAUUAUUACGGGUGUUGGAACGGGACAUCUUAACGCUAUCGUUCCCGUCUGGACUGCGGAAAUCUCGAAGUCGCAUUCCCGCGGUGCCAGUAUCUCGAUUGUCUUUUUGGCGAAUUACAUCGGUAUCGCGGUGGCCUACUGGUUGGAGUUCGGGUUGAGGUAUUACUCGAACGAGCCCUUCCGCUGGCGCUUCCCGAUCGCGUUCCAAAUCGUCCCGGCUGCAAUUUUGAGCGUGUGUAUCUGGCUCGUCCCCGAAUCCCCACGUUGGUUGGUCAAGGCCGGACACACCUCCACCGCCGCCCGCGUCCUCGCCAAAAUCCGUGGCGACGUAUCCCCCACCGCUCCCGAAAUCACCGAAGAACUGGCCGAGAUCGAGUCCUCUGUCAGCCAAGAAAGCGCGAACGCGAAGGCUACCUCACUCUGGGCCAUGGCAAUCGGUGCCCACUCGGGCAAACUGCACACAGGCCGUCGUGUUGCGUUGUCUAUGGGUAUCAUGAUCAUGAUGGAAUGGACCGGAAUCCUCGCGAUCACAGUGUACGCAAACACCCUCUUCGGCCAAGCCGGAUUCGACCCGACGAAAUCCGCAUGGCUCGCAGGUCUCGUCAACACCGUCGGAAUCCUGGGAACGGGUGCGGCGGCACUCACCAUCGACCGUUAUGGACGUCGCCCGAGUUUGUUUUUCGGAGCGGUGGUGCAGUGUAUUGCACUCGCUCUCACGGGUGGUAUGUCUCGUCUCGCUAUCGUACAGCCGCAUAAUGCGUCGGCGUAUGGAGCGGCGAGUGCGGCGAUGGUGUUCAUUUACACCUUCUUCUUCGCCGCCACGUGGUUACAGUGUGCGUUCGUCGUCCCGGCUGAGAUCUUCCCAACGUACAUGCGCGCAAAGGGCAACUCCUUCGGUGUCGCUGGCUGGGCAAUUGGGUGUGCGUGGACGACCCUCGUCAUUCCCUCCAUGUUUAAAACUCUCGGUGAACGCACUCUGUAUUUGUUUGCGGGUUUGAAUUUGCUGUGGUUGCCGAUUGUGUAUUGCUUUUACCCCGAGACUGGAGGGAGGAGUUUGGAGAGUAUUGAUAGUUUGUUUGCGAGUGAGAGUCCGUUCGUGUGGGAUGAGGAGAGGGAGUUUAAGAUGAUGGUUGAGCAGGGAAUGGUCAAGUCGGAGGAGGAGGAGAAGGGUGGGGUUGUUACUGUUGAAAGGGCGGCGUAG